CAUCAUGCUACCAGAUAGAUUUCACCACCAGUUGAAUGCUGUGGUCUGUGGACUCCUGCUUCUCUUCUGCCAUGUGCAGGGCCAGGAUGCAGCCAGCCCCAUCAGAAACACACACACAGGCCAGGUGAGAGGCAGCCUUGUCCAUGGGAAAGAUACGGAAGUUGGUGUCCAUGCCUUCCUGGGAAUCCCCUUUGCCAAGCCUCCUGUAGGAGCCCUGCGCUUUGCACCUCCUGAGGCCCCUGAGCCAUGGAGUGGUGUGAGAGAUGGGACAUCCCACCCUGCCAUGUGUCUACAGGAUAUUGAUGGACUGAAUUCAGAAAAUCUGAAAAUUAAGAUGAACAGGUCUCCUGUCUCUAUGUCUGAAGAUUGCCUAUACCUCAGCAUCUACACACCAGCCCACGCCCAUGAGGGCUCUAACCUGCCUGUGAUGGUGUGGAUCCAUGGCGGUGGGCUAUGUUGGGGCAUGGCUUCCACAUAUGAUGGGUCCACGCUGGCAGCCAUUGAAGAUGUGGUGGUGGUCACUAUCCAGUACCGUCUGGGUAUCCUGGGCUUCUUCAGUACUGGAGACCAGCAUGCCAGGGGAAACUGGGGAUACCUGGACCAAGUAGCCGCCCUACGCUGGGUCCAGCAGAACAUCGCCCACUUUGGAGGUCACCCUGACCGGGUCACUAUUUUUGGCGAGUCUGCAGGUGGCACAAGUGUGUCUUCACAUGUUGUGUCCCCUAUGUCCCAAGGGCUCUUCCAUGGUGCCAUCAUGGAGAGUGGGGUGGCCCUGCUGCCUAACCUUAUCUCCAACACCUCUGAGAUGGUCUACACUAUGGUAGCCAACCUUUCUGGAUGUGAGCCUGUGGAGUCGGAAGCCUUGGUGCGCUGCCUACGAGACAAGAGUGAAGAGCAGAUGCUGGCUAUUAACAAUGUGUUCAGGAGCAUCCCUGGUGUGGUUGACGGGGAGUUCUUACCCAGGCACCCCUUGGAGUUGUUGACCUCUGUGGAUUUUCACCCUGUCCCCAGCAUCAUUGGUAUCAACAGUGAUGAGUAUGGUUGGAUGAUUCCCAUGGUGAGGCACAGUUCCAAUCUCUGGGAAGACUGGGGCUCAUACACCAUGAAGGAAAUAACCAGAGAGAACAUGCGGGCUGUUCUGAAGAACACAGCAGUACAGAUGAUGCUGCCUCCUGAGUGUAGUGAUCUGUUGUUGGAGGAGUACAUGGGGGACAUUGAGGACUCCAAGACUCUCCAAAUACAGUUCAAUGAGAUGAUGGGGGACUUCACGUUUGUGAUCCCUGCUCUCCAAGUAGCACACUUUCAGCGUUCCCGUGCUCCCGUCUAUUUUUAUGAGUUCCAGCAUCAGUCCAGCUUUCUCAGGGAUCUGAGGCCACCUCAUGUGAAGGCUGACCACGGUGAUGAACUUCCUUAUGUGAUUGGAUCCUUCUUCUGGGACAUGGAAUUUGAACUCACUGAGGAGGAAAAGCUGCUAAGCAGGAAGAUAAUGAAGUACUGGGCAAAUUUUGCACGGCAAGGGAACCCCAACAGCGAGGGUCUACCCUCCUGGCCUGUGAUGGACCAAGAUGAGCAGUACCUGCAGCUGGACACCCAGCCUGCUGUGGGUCGAGCCCUGAAGGCCAGAAGGCUGCAGUUCUGGACCAAGACUCUGCCCCAGAAGAUCCAGGAGCUAAAGGCUUCUCAGGACAAGCAUGCAGAGCUGUAG